GUGUAACUUCCGGUCGCGACCCAUCAGCUUCUCGGCGAUUGGUCCAUUUCCACGGCCGGCUGGGUGACGUUAUCGCCGGGUCCUGGGGCUGCACGUGUGGUGAGGCCUACAGAAGCGGCCUUCAGCUGGACCUUGGUCUCCCCGCCGGACUUCGAGGGUGUCAUCGCCGCCCCCGCUGGGGGUGAGCGCCGCGCGGCUGCAGCAUGCCUCACAGGAAGAAAAAGCCCUUUAUAGAGAAGAAGAAAGCUGUGUCUUUUCACUUGGUCCACCGGAGCCAACGAGAUCCUUUAGCAGCAGAUGAGACUGCACCCCAGAGAGUUCUAUUGCCCACACAAAAAAUAGACAAUGAAGAAAGGCGAGCAGAACAGAGGAAGUAUGGAGUGUUCUUUGAUGAUGACUAUGACUACCUGCAGCACCUGAAGGAACCAUCUGGGCCCUCAGAGCUUAUUCCCUCAAGUACCUUCAGUGCACACAACAGGAGAGAGGAGAAAGAAGAAACGCUAGUAAUUCCAAGCACUGGAAUUAAGUUGCCUUCAUCAGUGUUUGCUUCAGAGUUUGAGGAAGAUGUUGGAUUGUUAAAUAAAGCAGCUCCAGUUUCAGGACCUCGACUGGAUUUUGAUCCUGACAUUGUUGCAGCUCUUGAUGAUGAUUUUGACUUUGAUGAUCCAGAUAAUCUGCUUGAGGAUGACUUUAUUCUUCAGGCCAAUAAGUCAACAGGAGAGGAAGAGGGAAUGGAUAUACAGAAAUCUGAGAAUGAAGAUGACAGCGAGUGGGAAGAUGUGGAUGAUGAGAAGGGAGAUAGCAAUGAUGACUAUGACUCUGCAGGCCUAUUGUCAGAUGAAGAUUGUAUGUCUGUGCCCGGAAAAACUCACGGAGCUGUAGCAGAUCACUUGUUCUGGAGUGAGGAAACAAAAAGUCGCUUCACGGAGUAUUCGAUGACUUCCUCAGUCAUGAGGAGAAAUGAACAGCUGACCCUACAUGAUGAGAGGUUUGAGAAGUUUUAUGAGCAAUAUGAUGAUGAUGAAAUUGGAGCUCUGGAUAAUGCAGAAUUGGAAGGUUCUAUUCAAGUGGACAGCAAUCGCUUACAGGAAGUUUUGAAUGACUACUAUAAAGAGAAGGCAGAGAAUUCUGUAAAACUGAAUACCCUUGAACCCUUGGAGGAUCAAGACCUGCCAAUGAAUGAGCUUGAUGAGUCUGAGGAGGAAGAAAUGAUUACUGUAGUCCUUGAAGAAGCCAAAGAGAAGUGGGAUUGUGAAUCUAUUUGUAGUACGUACUCAAAUUUAUAUAACCAUCCACAGCUUAUCAAGUAUCAACCAAAGCCCAAACAAAUUCGAAUAUCUUCUAAAACAGGAAUACCUCUCAAUGUCUUACCAAAGAAAGGACUCACAGCAAAGCAAGCUGAAAGAAUACAGAUGAUUAAUGGCAGUGAUCUUCCGAAAGUAUCAACUCAGCCACGUUCUAAAAAUGAAAGCAAAGAAGAUAAAAGAGCAAGAAAGCAAGCUAUAAAAGAAGAGCGCAAGGAACGAAGAGUGGAGAAGAAAGCUAACAAAUUAGCAUUUAAACUGGAGAAAAGAAGGCAAGAGAAAGAGCUGCUGAACUUGAAGAAGAAUGUUGAGGGUCUAAAGCUAUAGACAGUGGAGCAUACAGGGCAAGGCAUUUCAUUAGGGGCUCCUCAUCUUCAGUCAUUGACUAGAACCUUCAGAAAGACAAAACUGUGUUUGCCAUUUUUACUGGCAGAUAAUAUUUGUAUUAUUUUUUUCCAACAAGUGUCCCCUGCCAACCAUCUUGUAAAUAUUGUAAUAUUUUAAUUUUUAAUAUUAUAAGCUUACAUUUGCUCUGAAAUAAAUGACUUCAUGAAUGUGAAAUGUUUGGAUAAAUUAAAGGAAAAUAUCUUCAUAACUUGAA